AUCUGACUUAUUUAAAUUUUCUGUUUGGACAGAAUAACUAGGGUGAUGUGUGUGUAUCCCACUGAAUAACUUGUUUGUGUGAAUAAACAUUUUUAAAAAUCUGAAAAAGACCACAAAAAAAGAGUGCUUAUCGAAAGAGGAUGUGGUUAAAAAAAGUCUAAAAAUGUCUAGUUUAUGAAAACCAAUUAUUUCCCCUUUGCUUAACAUUCCUAAUACUUCUAUCUAACAAACGCUUCUAAUGGAAAUGAAUAAGAUUUUAUGAAAGAAUUCCACACAUUCCCUUUUAGCACUGCGUAUCUUGUUGUUUAGGGGUGUGGGUUUUACUCUGGAGGACUGUGUAACUUCUUGAGGCCAAGCCCACUCCUUUAGUUUACCAUCCUUCAGGUUGUGUUGGUGUAAUCAGAGAUGCAUGCCAUUCUAACCCAUUCUAUAGCCGAGAACACCAUUUUGGUUUAGCAUUCCAUCAUAGCCGAGUGAAAUGAGUGCAUUGAAAAGAUCAUUGCAAAUGGCUUACAAACGCAAGAAAGACAGCAAUAUCAGUUUGGUGACAUCCCAGACAGAUGAUAAAAGCAUCCUUACUGUUCAUGAGGAGCAGCCUGGGAAAGAUGAGCCUAGCGAUGAAGGAGUUUGCAAUAUUCAGGUGCAAGUGGAUUUCGGGGACAGCAAGGACAGAAGCUCUGGAAUCUCAGAAACCUUCACUGUGGAAGAAGCAGUUGAGGCUAUUGGUUUCGGAAGAUUUCAGUGGAAACUCUCUAUGCUAACAGGAGUUGCGUGGAUGGCUGAUGCUAUGGAAAUGAUGCUCCUUAGUAUUGUAACUCCUCAACUGCGCUGUGAGUGGAGGCUGUCGAGCUGGAAAGUGGCAUUCAUAACAGCGAUAGUGUUCAUUGGAAUGAUGGUCAGCUCCUCACUUUGGGGGAACAUUUCAGACAAAUAUGGCCGAAAAUUGUGUUUAAUACUGUGCAUGCUGUGGACAUUGCACUAUGGGCUUCUCAGUGCUUUCGCACCUGUUUACAGCUGGAUCUUAGUCUUGCGAUGCCUCGUGGGAUUUGGCCUAGGAGGAGCCCCUCAGUCAGUGACAUUAUAUACUGAAUUCCUCCCGAUAAAAUCCAGAGGGAUAUCUAUAAUCCUGUUAGGGGUGUUCUGGGCCCUGGGUGCUGUGUUUGAAGUGUUACUGGCUAUGGUGGUCAUGCCCACAUUAGGCUGGAAAUGGCUGCUAGCUUUCUCCACCUUUCCUCUUGUUGUCUUUGCUGCCUCCUGCUGUUGGUUACCAGAGAGUGCUAGAUUUGAUGUACUGAGAGGCAGAGAAGACAAGGCCCUGGACACUUUGAAAUAUAUAGCAGCAGCUAAUGGGAGCUCUGUGCCUACUGGAAGACUUAUAGCCAACACACAGACUGAGCGUGGGAGAAUUAGAGAUCUUUUUAUUCCAGAAUACCGCAAAACAACACUUUUGGUCUGGCUUAUCUGGUUUUGUAAUGCUUUUUCAUAUUAUGGUAUUGUGCUGCUGACCACUGAACUGUUCCAAUCAGGAUCUGCGUGUAGUGCCACUGAUAACUCAAAUAUGGAACCUCAGUGCAAUUUGGAGUGCAAUUAUUUGACUAUUCAUGAUUAUGUGGACCUUCUGUGGACUACCUUAGCAGAAUUUCCAGGUGACAUGAAGUUAUUCUCUCCUCUCAUGUUGCUGUUUUUAGUUAAUCAACCUAAAUGCAAACAUUGUUAUAUGAGCUACAUAUAUAAACGAAUAGACACCUGUGUGAUUUGUGUCUUGAUGUCAGAACAGGUAUUCUGGUCACCCUGUGGAUGAUUGAUCGAAUUGGUCGGAAAAAAAGCAUGGCAAUUUGUUUUUUAUUGUUCUCUGUGUCUAUUUUGCCACUGUAUGCCUGCACACAUAGGUACAUUCAUAAAAAAAACCUGUACAGAUUCUAAUAAGGAUGCAAAAAUAAAUGUUGUAAUUAUAAAGUAAGAAAAAAGGGCCUAAAUAUUUAUUUUAGCCACUGUAAAUGACAUAACUUGUUUAUCUUUUACUUUACAAUUUCCAGGGCAGUUCUCACAGUCUUUAUUUUCAUUGCUCGAGCCUGUAUAACAGGGGGCUGGCAGGUUGCAUAUGUUUAUACACCUGAGGUUUUCCCCACAGCAACCAGAGCUAUUGGUAUUGGUACAGGCAGCGGGAUGGCUCGUGUUGGAGCUCUCAUCACACCAUUUAUUGCUCAAGUCCUUCUGAAGUCAUCGGUUUACCUGACUCUCUCUGUGUAUUUAAUAUGUUGCUUGCUGGGCACAGUGGCAUCCUUGGUAUUGCCCAUGGAAACAACAGGGCGGAGCCUCCAGGAAUCAACGCAAAGCACCAUGGAACCAAAAAACAUGGAAAGGCCGCAUGGCUCUGAGACAGCCGAAUCCUCCAGCAACACGUGUCCUUAACAGCGCAUGGAGAACUGAAUCUGUGAGAUCUUCGGUUUGAUAGUGGUGAAGGCCUUAAUGUAUAAUCAUGCAUACCGAAUGUUAUGUAAAUGCAUUCUAAAGUACAUUUUUAAAUAAAUAGUUAAUUUCUUUGUAUAUAUUAUGCUCAUAAAAUAUUGUAAUUAAAUUUACAUUAAGCUGUUUAUGAUGCCAAGAACUUGUCAAACUAUUUUGUUGGGUCUUUCAGUUACACAAUUGUUGACUUCUCUCUUUUGAUGUUUUUCCAAUUGUUACGGCCAGAGUGUUUUGUAUUUGUGUUCUGGUUUUCUUCUUUCAAAGUGAGAGUCUGGUACAGGUGUGGAUCGUUACCUGUGAUUGGCAUUUGGCCUUUAAAGGGUUAGUUCACCGAA